GAUCCCAGAUGCAAUUGAUCUGCAAUGUCACUGGCCAGUUGAAAGACUCUGUCUAUUGGAAGUGGAACGGGUCCUUCAUUGAUGAAUACAAUCCGGUGCUGGUGGAAGAUUAUAAAAUUCUGGAAAAUCCUUCAAAUAAAAAAAGAAGUACAGUCAUCACAAUGGUUAAUAUUUCAGAAGUUCAAAGUAGAUUUUAUCUAUAUCCAUUUGUCUGUUUAGCCAAGAACACAUAUGCCAUGAAUGUAGCAUAUAUCCAAUUAAUACAUCCAGUCCCUGAUUUCCAGGAGCAUACGAUUGGUGUGUUUGUCACAUUAAUAAUCAUAAUUACAUGCUCUGUUUUCAUCUAUAAAAUCUUCAAGGUUGACAUUGUUCUUUGGUACAGGGAUUCUUGCUAUGAUUUCCUCAUGAAAAAAGCUUCAGAUGGAAAGACCUAUGAUGCAUAUAUACUAUAUCCAAAGACCCUUGGGGAAGGGUCCACCUCUAACUCAGAUAUUUUUGUGUUUAAAGUCUUGCCUGAGGUCUUGGAAAGACAGUGUGGAUACAAGCUGUUUAUUUAUGGAAGGGAUGACUACGUUGGGGAAGACAUUGUUAAGGUCACUAAUGAAAACGUAAAGAAAAGCAGGAGGCUGAUUAUCAUUUUGGUCAGAGAAACAUCAGGCUUCAGCUGGCUGGGUAGUUCCUCAGAAGAGCAAAUAGCCAUGUAUAAUGCUCUCGUUCAGGAUGGAAUUAAAGUUGUCCUGCUUGAGCUGGAGAAGAUCCAAGACUAUGCGAAAAUGCCAGAAUCCAUUCAGUUCAUUAAGCGGAAACAUGGGGCCAUCCGUUGGUCAGGAGAUUUUACAGAGGGAUCGCAGUCUGCAAAGACAAGGUUCUGGAAAAACGUCAGGUACCACAUGCCAGUCCAGCGGCGGUCACCUUCAUCCAAACAACAGUUACCGUCCCAGGAUGCUGUACUGGACUCUAAGGAGAAACUGCAAAGAGAGGUUCACGUGACUCUGGGGUAGCGGAGAAGCUUGGCCCAGGGUUCUUUGGGUCGUGCUGUCUUGUGGCAUUGUGGCUGGGCCAUGCCUUCUACUGACCUCUGCAGUCAUAAAAUGUGCCUGUCUAGUCCGUUAUCCCCAAGGUCACCUGGAACCAGAUCAUUAAGGGAGCAGGACGUGCUGUCAGUAGCAGGCCAGGGCAAUUCAGAGCAGAGGGCUUGGGAAGGCCUUUAAAAAGAGUGACAAAUAUCCUGGCUGAAUGUCUGAACUGCUGGGAAAGGGCACCGAGAUGGCCGGGGGCCCUGUCUGGCGAACCCAUAGAGUCCCUGGCCCUGGAGUGGCUCUCCGGGGCAGUGCAGUGAGGCCGACACCUCACAGAGGAAGACAGACGUGUCCUUGGACAAUUGCCAUUCACUUGCAUUUCCUUAGGCAUCGGCAGCCAACGCCCAGUUUUGGAAGACCACGUUGUAUUUCAUAGACCUUGGAAAGUGUCACUCAGUGAGCAAAAGGGUUCUCCAGGAUCCCGAAGUUUUGAAAUCACCUUAGCUUUCUGCAGGACAAAGCCUUCAAAGCAACACAGCCGCUGCUGGAGCAGCCCCUCGCUUCCUUGCAAGGACAGCUGCGGGUGGCUUCCUCCCCGGCUGCCACCGCGCGGCCACGGACCUGCCGUCCUCCGUAGGACACCGCCGAGUCCUGCCUCUGCCGCAGGCCUGCGAGGGCCUCCUGUUCUGGAACGUACCUCCCGAGUCCUCCCGCCGCGGGUCACGCCACCCCGACUCCUCCACCUGUCCCCUCCCCGCUGUCCUGCCCCGUG